AUGGAUCACAACAUAUCUAAUUUAUCGCCGUUCCUAAACAGCACAUCCACCCCCUUCAAUAUGUCAUACCUUCGUCCCGCAAUUUAUUACAGUCUUCCAUACAGGGUUUUAGGCACGAUUACCGCAACGAUAAUUCUAAUGGUGGGCCUGCUCGGCAACUUGCUGGUAAUAACGGUAAUUAUUUGGUCUCCCAAGAUGCGAAGUCCAACAAACUGCUACCUUGUAUCCCUUUCUUUCAGUGAUUUGCUUUUCCUUCUUCAUGCCACUGCGCCGUUUAUCUGGGAACUUUAUAUAAUGAUUGGACAGUGGACACUUGGCUCUCAUGCUUGUCGACUGGUUGUGGCCAUGCAAUACUUCUGUGUUGACGUUUCGGCUUUGUCAAUGGCCGCGUUUUCGGUAGAACGGUGGGUAGCAAUCUGCCAUCCGAUUCGUGCCCACACUCUUUGCACUGUAAGCAGAGCCCUCAAGAUCAUCGCAGGUGUCUGGAUAUUCUGUGCAGCCUACAACUGUGUGUGGCUGUUCACAAUUGACACGUACGCAGUUGAGUAUGUCUAUGGAACCUACCAAACCUGUACGUAUAAGUUUUCGAGGGUGCGAUAUUCCACCGUUUAUCUGCUGGACUUUGUUCUUUACUAUACACUUCCCUUGGGGCUAAUAUUCGUCAUGUACACGCAAAUUGCAAUGCGAUUAUUUAAUUUCCAAAAACCAGUUUGGAUGAGAAUAAGUCCUAGUAAUUCAUGUAAAAUUGGAAACACUGUUGGACGUGGAGGACUUCAUGGAACAAAGACCUGGGAUGAAGACGCCGGCAGACAUUUGGAACGUGUGAGAUACCGUGAAUUCCGGUCGAGGAAGCAGGUAUAA